UAAUAAUAAUAAUAAUAAUAAUAGUAGCAAUGGUAGUAGUUAGGCAAACCAAAAUAUUUCAUGAAAACAACAACAGUACCCUCCCCCCCGCCUCAUAGACACACACACACACACUCACCAAUGGCAUUCGAAAUGAUCAAUUGAAGAAAUCAUGAAAUGAUUAAUAAUUAUUGAACAAAAAUUCAUUAAUCAUUUCAUUUAUUAUUGAAUUCAAUUCAUUAUUAUUUUUUUAGAAAAAAAAAUCGAUUAUGACUAUUGAUCUGAUCAUAAAUAAUAAUCAAUUACAAUUAUGUAAUAAUUUACAUGAAAGAGAUCAUGUCUCCUUUAUACAAUCGAUUAUAUCAGUGAUCCUAUUAAGUAUCAUAUGUUUAUUAGGUAUUAUUGGAAAUAGUUUAGUAAUUAUUGUUUAUUGUAUUAAACCUAAACAUUAUACUAAUCGUUAUAUAAUGAAUCAGCAUACAAUCAUCAAUAGUAACCAUAGUAAUAAUAAUAAUAAUAAUAAUAAUAAUAAUCCCUUGGAUACUAAAAUGACAAAAAAAUUUGGCACUCAUUCAAUUUCAUUGAAAUCAUAUAAAUUACCAUUAUAUAAAAAUAAAUUAAAUCAACAUAAUUUAAUAUUAUUAUUGGCAUUUAUUGAUUUAUUCACAUGUGUUUUUAUAUUACCAUGGGAUAUAUAUCGUGUUGCUAAUUAUGCCUAUGAUGAAACUAUUCCUAUCUUAUCUAUAAAUGAUAAUAAUAAUCUGAAUGAGAAUAAUUCUUCUGGAAACCAUAUUGAUAUAAAUUCUAAUAAAGGAUUCUAUAUAAAUUAUCAAUUAAAUAUUAUAUUAACAUUAUUACGUAAUAUUAUAUUUGCAUGUGAAGGUAGUGUAUUAACAGCGAUUGCAUUUGAACGUUAUAUAAUACUUGUUAAACAAGAUCUAUGUAAAUCAUCUCUAUGUUGUCAUCAUUUAUUGAAUAAUAAUAAUAAUAAUAAUAAUAAUAAUAAUAAUAAUAAUAAUAAUCAUAUCAGUUCAUUAAUUCAUAAGACUCCAUCAAUUCAUCAUACAAAUCAUUCGAAUGAAUUAACAAGAUCAUCUACAACAUUGAUGAAUGUCACUAAUGUGAAAGAUAAGCAUCAUUCAUUCUGUUCAUUGAAUAGAUGUAUUACAUCUAUAUUGAUUCUAGUAAUUAUUGGAACAUGUUUAUUUGAAUGUCUAUUGAUUAUAAUGGAAUUAAUGAAAUGGAAUUGUCAAUUGAUUGAACAAUUACGUGAAUUCAUUAAUCAAAUUUAUAUUCUAUUAACAUUUAUCUCAUUUAUUAUUAUAACAUAUUUAUAUGUAAGAAUAUUUAGAAUAGUUAAAGAGAAUGAUUUAAGAAAACAACGAUGGUUAACUACUAUUCAUCAUCAUAAUACAAAUUAUAGAUCAAUGAAGUUGUUGAAUAAAUCUAAUUCAUUUUUACAAUCAUCUAUCUCUAAUAAUAAUAAUGAAAUAGAACCAAUAUUAAAGGGAACAAAUCAACAUAACACCAAAAUACAUCAUUGUGAUACUGCACAAUCUAGAAGAUAUGGAUUAUCAUUUAGAUUAAUGAAACAAUUAAGUUGUGAUCAAGUGAUUACAAAACAACCAUCACCACCACCACCACAACAACAACAACAAGAACCACCACCACCAGCACAACAACAACAACAACAAGAACAAUGUUAUCAUCAACAUCAAUUAGAGACAAGUAUACAAUGGAAUAUAUUAAAAAGACGUAUUCUAUUAAAAACAUCAUCUAUAUCAACAUUAUUUGAACAUUCAAAAGCUAAAGAAGAAUCUAAUAAAUCUAUGAUAUCAAAACAUAAUAAUCAAUCUAUUGGAACAACAACAACGACAACAACACCAACGACAAUAUCGUCUUCAAUAUCUCCAUUAUCUGUAAAUCGUUUAUUAUCUAAACGUGUAACACGUAGUCAUCGUACAGGUUUAAUGAUAUUUAUUUCUACUGUAAUAUUUUAUGCUACAUUAUUUCCUGUUUUAUGGUAUAGUUCUAAUCAGAUUAUUUUCUUAAAAGGAAAACAACCAAACAAAACAAUAAAAGUAGUAACUAUAACGAUAAUAACAGAGACAGCGACAACAACAACGACAGCUACGACGACAGCAACAACAACUACAGCGAGAAAAAUAGCAACAGCAACGACAACGACAGAGACAACAACGACAGCUACGACGACGACAACAACAACUACAGAGAGAAAGAUAGCAACAGCAACGAUAAUGACAGCAACGACAACGACAGAGACAACAACGACAGCUACGACGACGACAACAACAACUACAGAGAGAAAAAUAGCAACAGCAACGACAACGACAGCAACGACAACGACAGAGACAACAACGACAGCUACGACGACGACAACAACAACUACAGAGAGAAAGAUAGCAACAGCAACGACAACGACAGCAACAACAACGACAGAGACAACAACGACAGCUACGACGACGACAACAUCAACUACAGAGAGAAAGAUAGUAACAGCAACGACAACGACAGCAAUAACAACAACAGCAGCAUAUUUUUCACAAUAUGGAAAAAUUGAAACUUGA